UAAUAAUAAUAACAACAACAACAACAGUAGCAGUACCCGUCGUACUACCCAUUCUUCCAUUACUGUUAAACGCGAUGGCGCUAAACGAUACUGUCAGAAAUGCAAAAUGGAUAAAUAUGAUCGAAGUCACCAUUGUCGUACUUGUAAAAGGUGUAUCUUGAAAAUGGAUCAUCAUUGCCCUUGGAUCAACAAUUGUGUAGGAUUUUAUAAUUACAAGUUCUUUUAUCUCUUUAUUGUUUAUGGUUCUUUAUUUUGCAUCUAUGUAUUUGCCACUACGUUACCACCUACCAUAGCUAUUAUGCAGCAACCUAUGGGAAUACUGGCGAUCGAUUUCAACUGGUUGUUCUUAUGUUUUGUCUCUGCCGUAUUUGGACUGUUUUUAAUUCCAUUCAGUCUCUUUCAUACACGUCAACUUUGCAAAAAUCGAACCACUAUUGAAUUUUAUGAAAAGGCUAACUAUCGAUUAGGAUCAAGACAACGACGACGUAAUGGACGGCAUCAGAUGAUGGAUAUCAUGCGCAGCAAAUACUUUAAUCCAUGGGAUCUAGGGACAAGAUCAAAUAUUGAACAAGUUCUUGGACGAUCACCCAUGACUUGGUUCCUUCCUAUUGGUGCACCUCUGGGGAAUGGAUGGCAUUAUCCUUUGAAUAAUUAUGCCUAUGAUACUUUAGCCGUGGAUGAAGAUGAUAUGUAGUUUAAUCUAUAGGUUUUUUUUUCUUAUGUCGUGGAUAAUGAUGAUAAUAGAGUUUUUUUUUGUAUAUAUAUCAAUAAAAAGUGAUACCUAAAUAUGGAACCUUU